UCCAAAUUAACAAAUCGAAAUUAUUUUUAAAAUUUCCAUGUAUUUUUUAAAUUAUUUAAUACAAAAUCAACAUUAGACACCUAGGCAUUCAUUUUAAAUGUUAAGGUGUUCUGAAAACUGUUAGAGUCGAGAGUGAAUUAGCCGGCAAGUAAAGCUAUUGCUCUGUUUCACAGUAUCUAAAUAUUGUUAAUAUUUAGAUCGAAAUAACACAGUGUUAUAUUAAAUAUUUGUUUAGGUAGUUGUUGAAAGGAUGAAUCUAUCAGAUCCCUCAGACGAUUCAAGCAGUGAUGAAAGUCCUGUGCCAGCAAAACGGCCUCGUGCUGAUACCUAUGGUGCUUCAUCAACAACCUCGCAUGGAUCUGUACUCCAAGAAUCAGACGAAGACUCUCCAGGUCCACAAUAUUCAGAAAAAUAUCACACAGAAGCUAAGCCAAGUAAAAUUAGGCGUAGCUUUACUGAACAGAGUCCAGCGAGGACAAACCGAUUUAGUAGAAGUAGUCUGAGUGAAAAUUGUUCCUCGCCUAAUGACCAUGAGGACUAUCGACCAGGCUUUAAUGAUAAUGCCGGAGAAGAAACCUCUCGACGUGCAAGCUUUCAGGAAUCUGCUGAUAAUACUUUUUAUAGAAAAACAUCUGACAAACAAAGGGAAUAUAAGCGAUACUCAAGGUCACACUAUUCUGAGACAAAAGCUGAACGGCCAAGUAAAAUUAGACUUAGCUAUACUGAACAGAGUCCAGAGAGAUCUAAAAGAUUAAGUAGAAGUAGUCUUAGUGAGCCUUGUUCAUCCCCCAAUGAACAGUAUGAUCGACCAGGAUUUAAAGACGAUGCAGAAGAAAGCCAAGAAAGCGAAAGAAGAAAUGCAAGCUUCCAAACACCCAACGAUAAUGCCUUUUAUAACAAAUCUGACAGCCAAAAGGACUCUGAAAUAUAUUCCAGUGGUUAUUCAGAGAUAUCAAAAAGAAUGAUGAGCAACAUGGGUCACAAGCCUGGCAAAGGUUUGGGUAAAUUUGAAUCUGGUAGGGUAGAACCAGUUCAGGCCUCUACUCAGAAGGGAAGAAGAGGUUUAGGUUUAAAGGCUUCAGUUGUUGGACAGGCGCCCAGAGACUUAAAAUGGACACCUGAUGAAACAGCCCCUGAGGCUAAAGAGGAAGUGUCAUGGAUGCCUACACCACCAGAGGAGACCUUAUCAGGCGAUAUUUUGGAAAAAUGGUUAAAGAAAGGACCAAAGAAAUUAACUAUAGAUGAUGAAUCUGCUUUUGUAGAUCGUCAAGUGUUAAAAGGCAUCUUAAAUUCUAAGAAUAUGUUUGACAACCUGGACGGAGAAGAGAUGAGAAGCGCCAGAUUUCGCAGCAAUCCGUACGAAACGAUAGGUUCUGUAAUAUUCUUAAACCGGGCAGCUGUUAAAAUGGCCAAUAUGGAUUCAGUAUUUGACUUCAUGUUUACCAAGCCUCAAAAAAAGAAUGGCGAGAAUGCAGUUGAGGAUUUAUUAUACUUUGCAGAUGUUUGUGCAGGUCCAGGGGGAUUCUCAGAAUAUGUAUUGUUCAGGAGGGGAUGGAGGGCAAAAGGUUUUGGGUUUACACUCAAAGGAUUGAAUGAUUUUAAACUAUCCGAUUUCUAUGCGGGCGCACCAGAAACAUUUAAUCCGUACUAUGGUGUGAAAGAAGAUGGUAACAUUUUCGACCCGGCUAACUUGAGCUCGCUAAAGGAUUUUGUUUUAAAGCAAACUGAUGACAUUGGUGUGCACUUUCUUAUGGCUGAUGGAGGAUUUUCUGUAGAAGGCCAAGAGAACAUUCAAGAGAUAUUAUCCAAGCAACUCUAUCUUUGCCAGUGCCUCGCCGCUCUCAUGCUUGUGAGGACGGGGGGCCAUUUUGUUGUGAAACUGUUUGACGUGUUCACAAAUUUCAGCGUGGGACUUGUCUACAUCAUGUAUAGGUGUUUUGAUAAAGUUGCCAUUCAUAAACCGGUAACAUCUCGGCCAGCUAAUUCCGAGCGGUAUUUAGUUUGCAAAUGGAAGAAACCCGGCACAGAUGCAGCUGAAAAGCACCUCUUUUCUGUCAACUCGAUACUGUGGAACAAUCGUACGAAGAAUGACGACGUCUCUGAACUAGUGCCCUUGUCUGUGAUACAAGAAAAUAAGGCAUUUUACGAAUAUAUACAUAAGAGCAAUUGUUUAAUUGGUGAAAAGCAAAUAAGUAAUUUAUUGAAAAUAGCUGCAUUUUGUAAAGACAAAACUUUGAAGGAAGAAAGCCAAGCCGAAAUGAGAGAACAAUGCUUAAAGUUGUGGAAGCUUCCAGACAAAGUACGUACGAAACCAGAAAAGCGUUUACCUGAGGAUAUUUUAUCACAUAUACUGAACACGUCGAGGAAUUUGCGCUCAUACACGAAUAACUCCUUCAAAAGCAACGUCUUGAACAAAUCGCCGCGUUACUUGGAAAAAGCAACUGACCUGAAGGACAUGUUUAGCAACGUUUACGACUGGCACUUUACUUUCUUGACCAGUAAGAAGAACAGCCCGGAUUUGAGAAUAUUUAUAGCGUGUGGAGGAAAAAACGUCUUCCAACUUACAACUAAAGACUCAAUUUGGAAAAAUGCAGCAAAUUCACAGAUUAUUUUGCCGGCGAACACCUUAUUAUAUGGAGAGUUAGUGCGCGAAUACUGCGGCCAGGGUCUUAAACAGAUGUACAGCAAAGCGCUGCACGUCAUCGACGCCAUGAUGCUGGGUGGGAUAGAUAUAUCUGCAUACUCGCUCACUGACCGAAUAAAUCAAUGUAACUUGUUCUGCAACGCUCUGGAGAAACUGGGCAACAAUGAAGUGAUACCGGUAAGAUGCAAGAGAUUCUUCACUCUGGAGAAAUUUCCUUCUGCCGUAGCCAACCUUGAGUAUCGCGCUAUGAAGAUGACCAAGCAAGCGCUCACGGUCGACGUCCCCAAGCGCGGCCACAGGCAAGAUAUGUUCACCACCGUCGGCUCCCUACUCUUUAUAAAAGAGAUUAAAGAACCAUGGGGGGCACAAGUUUCGAAGAACAGAGGGCAGCGGUAUUACCACUGUAUGGGAAAAGACCGGAAAUCUAUCAGCGUCUACGAUUUUCCUGAAACAGCCCGCUUGGACAUGAUCAGUGCUUAUAGCUGUAGAAUAAUGUGGAACUGGGAGACACCAUCUGCAAUCUUUGAAAGUCAAUCAAAGGAAGGUGUCACAAGGUUGGAUAUGGAACAAUACGUAACGAGUAAACUGGUAGAAAAAUACCGACCAUCAAAACUAGAAGAUUUAGUGUCUCAUGAUGAUAUCAUUCAAACAAUUAACCAGUUCAUGAAAGAAAAUCAACUGCCCCAUUUAUUGUUCUAUGGGCCACCGGGUACUGGCAAAACAUCAACUAUACUUGCAUGUGCCAGGCAAAUGUACACGCCGCAGCAAUUUAAUUCAAUGGUGCUUGAGUUGAAUGCAUCAGAUGACAGAGGCAUAGGGAUUGUACGAGGACAGAUCUUGAGUUUUGCUUCGACAAGAACAAUAUUCAAAGCAGGGCCAAAACUUAUUAUUCUGGAUGAAGCUGACGCUAUGACAAAUGAUGCACAGAAUGCAUUAAGGCGAAUAAUAGAAAAAUACACGGAGAACGUGCGCUUCUGCAUCAUAUGCAACUACCUGGGGAAGAUAAUUCCGGCAUUGCAGUCAAGGUGUACUCGCUUUCGAUUCGCGCCGCUGCAACAGAGUCAGAUCGUGCCGCGCCUAAAGGAGAUAGUAGAAAAGGAGAAUGUAAAAAUCACAGAGGAUGGAAUCAAAGCUCUCCUCACACUGUCCGGCGGAGACAUGCGGAAAGUCCUCAAUACGCUGCAGAGCACCUGGCUUGCGUACCGUGACGUCACGGAGGACAACGUUUACACGUGCGUGGGACACCCGCUGCGCUCGGACAUCAACUACAUACUCAACUGUCUUCUGAACGAGAAUGACUUUGCUGCGUGCUUUAAAAAAAUUCAAGACCUAAAGAUCGCUAAAGGUUUAGCACUCGGAGACAUUUUAACUGAGGUACACACAAUAAUACAAAGAGCAAAAUUUCCGCCGGAAGUACUAAUAAAGCUGGUAAUUGCAAUGGCGGACUCAGAGGUCCGACUGGCCAGCGGUUGCAGCGAGCGCAUUGAACUGGCUUCACUAAUUGCUGCCUUCCAACUGUGUAAAGAUCAGAUAGAUGUAGAAGUCCUUUCUUCGUAAUACUGGUAUAUAAUAUUAUUUGAGUAAAAGUAAGUAUCGAACUGUUGAAUGUGUGUUGAGAAUGAUCACUUAUAAGUGGUUCUUUGCGUGGCUCUUGUAAAUUAAUUAAAUGAUAAAAUUAAUUGUAGAUAUUCUGUAAAUCGCAUUACAAAAUUUAUCGGCAGAUUAUUUUUCUUUUUUCAUUUAUUUUUGUCCUAAACUAAUCUAACUAUAGCUUUAUCUCAGCAUACGUGCUACAAAUAAUAUUUUCAUGUGACCAAGAAUCAAAUAAUUUAGUUUUAAAGGCAAUGUUUAUGUUAACUUGGAGAAAAACCAUUUUAUGUUGUCAAUAAUAGUUAAGUUAACGGUUAGAAACAAUAACCAAUAGUGCAAUGAUUUACCGAUAAAUUUUGUAUGAAGAUGCGCUCGGGUAAGCCCACCUUAACAUGAUGCUAUUAAAAAAAAUAUGAAUUUCGUCUGCACAUGGAUAGAAAAAUAUUAAUCAUAAUUAAUAUGAUAUAAAGAAAUUAAACAAUAAAAUCGACUAAAAAGUUAGUCGAUUUUAAUUGAUUAAUUUCUUUAACAUUUAUGUCUGUACGUUGAACACGCAAACUCGAGAGCUUUAGCGACGUGCCGUCUUUUAUAUUUUUUAUUUUUUUUUAUUUACAGAAUUAAGAACGUACAGAAGCCUAUACAGAACUCGUGUAUUAUUGAAGCAUCAAAAGCCACUCCACUUUAUUAUUAGUUUUUGUCGGACAGAUGGUUAGUCACUUUAUACCAUUUAGUGUUAUUAUACCUGUAAUGUUCGAAACCUUUAUAAAAUAGGAAAUUGGGGAAAAGAUUGUGAGCUAGCAACAUUCCGCGGAUGUAAAGUGAGACGCAAGCGGGACGGUUUUACUGUUUUUGGACACAAUACAAUAAUGGCUGAAAGAGGGUUCUGUAUGUUCUUAAUACUGUAGUUUUAUGGAUCUACCAGUGCAACUGAUUGUAACCUUUUGAAUAAAUAUUGUUGAAAUA